AUGGCCUACGAAAAGUCAGUCGACAUCUCUGACUUCUCCAGGUCAAUGUUCAAGCACCCAUGGCUGGAAUAUCCAAACAGGAACAAAGAGCUCAAAAAAGCCUUGGCACCUGUUCACCUGCCCUUGUCCUGCUUCCAGAUGCCAAAGGAGGAGGUUCCCCCAAGCCCAGAGUGCUGGAGGCAGCACCCGCGCAAGUCCAGCUCGGCAGCUUACCGCCACUCGGAGGUCUCCAUGCACUGGCUCACCCUGUACAAUCAGCGACAGGAAUGGGAGACCCAGAAGAUGUUGCAGAAAAUGAGAGAUUGCCCCAGGUACUUCAAAGAGAGUGCUGCCAUCCGAAGAACCCAUCUCUCCGUGAUCCAGCUGACUAUGAAACCUCAGAGGAGACCCAAGCCUUUGCUCCCUCCUGGGGACUCCCUGAAGGGGCAGAGGUUAAAGGAACUCACAGAAAGCCUGAAGUCUCCCCGGGAAGACGAGCAGUUCUACGCGGCACAGGCUCUGGGGUGCCUGGGCGUCGGUGACAAGUUUGCAAUAGAGACGCUGUUCCAGGUGGCCCAGACUGGUCCAGAGAAGGUGGCGCAUGAGGCCUAUAGAUCCUUGGCCAUCCUGGGUUGCCUGGAUAAGGCCGUGAUCCAGGCUCUCAUCAAGCAGUUGAAGGGGCAAAACGAGGAGCAAAGGAUGGAUGCUCUCAGGGGACUACGCGUAGCUCUCAACUUCUGGGCUGCUGUCCCCAACGACAAGAGGACUCAAGUCGGCGAUGAAGGGACGCUCGUGUCUGUGCUGCAGAUGCUGAUGCAGACACUGCAGGACGAAGCGGCUGUGGAGGCAGCCCUGUGCUUGGGCUUCCUGAGGCCCUGCAGCGACACCGCCCGGGAGUUCUUGCUGCGGUGCCUGCACCAAGGGCCCAGGCCCCAGAGGAUGAAGGCACUUAGGAUGCUGGUGAGGAGGAUGCAUGUACACUCAGCCGAGGUCAUCAGGGCCAGCCUGGACCAGCUGUGCCAUUCUAGUGUCCUUGAGCACCGCUUUGAAGCCACGCAGCUGCUCAAGACCAUUGGCCUGGAGCAGAUCCAGGCACAGGGGCUGGAGGGGCUCGUAUUCGACCUGCUCCAGAGGAAGACGUAUAAUGAGCCCUUCCUUGCUAUGAGGCAGGCUGUGGCUGAAACAGUGGAAGAGCUCAAGAUGAAGCCCACGAUGUUGAACUUGGUGGAGGCGCAGCUGACGAGCCCGAGCACCGCGGCGCGCGAGGAGGCGGUCAUCUCUUUGGGCGUCCUGGGGAUCCGCAGCCCCCAAGUGUUCUACUUGCUCCUGGAAAUGCUGGACGAGGAGAAGAACCAGUCUGUGAAGAAGAGUCUACAAGAAACAUUCAUUCUUUUGGCCUCAACUGAUCCCUGGAUCCAACACAAGCUGAAAAACAAGGUUCUCUUUGUAUAUGAGGCACCUAAGAACGAGAAGGCAGAGCCUACAAGGUUCAGGGAAAGGCAUGAGCACCCAGAAGAGUUACCCAUCCAAGACUUUCAGCUUGCAAAGCUGAACCCCUUGUUUAUUGCAAAGGCCAGCGCCACAUCCAACCCACAGAAAAAGUCAAGCGCCCAGACAGGGUCUGCCCAAUACCUCACUUCCGCCUUCCCUUCCUGCUUCCCUAAACCACCGAAACGCAAGCCGCAGGCCGCGGGGCCCUGGGUGCCGGCAAUCAGGAAGCAGCUCCGGAUCCUUGCCAAAACCUCCACAUAG